CCUGGCGACACUUUCAUGUAAGAAUGAGCUCCGACCAGGGCUUGGCAAGUGCGCAUAACUCUAGUUUUCACGCGGAAGGUUUUUAUCAACAAAAGUUUACUGAGCUCUUUUCUCAAUAUAGACUUCAAGAAAAAAAAAUUAAAGAGUUAGAAAAUCUUGUAAAAGAAAUAGAGAAGGAUCAUGAGCGAGAACUUCAAUCCUUAGUUAAUCAAUUUAAAAAUAAACCUAAUUAUUUUGGCACAUCCAAUAGUACUAAUUAUCAAGCUGAGACAACUAUUCAGCCUACUUGCUCUAUAAACUUACAGGAAGGAGAUUUUAAUUGUCAGAGUACUCGAAAUAAUUCUGUGGCCUGCAUAAAAGGGCUUGAAGAAGAAUGUUCUUUGUCACAGGAAUCUCAAAGCCUUCAAAACGAAAUUAAGGCCUUACGGGAAACAAUAAAAAAAAAGGAUACACAAUUUAACACCUUAAAAACCCAUUUUAUUGAGUCUGAAAAUGAGUAUGACAGUGUGUUACUGAACUACCAAAAGACAAUCCACGAAUUAAAAAUUAAAUUAACUUCACUUGAACAAGAGUUGCAAAGAAACGAAAAAGACUUCAAGUUAAAAGUACUUGAGAGAGAGCAAAUGGUACACUCUCUAGAAAAAGAAGCAGUCAGGCGAGAAAGUGAGUAUCAAUUCCUUAAAAGAGAAUUGGAGACCCUCCAGCGUGAGUAUCAAUCUCAAAGCGAAGCUCUUGGAAACUUGCAGCUGGUUUUGCAGGCUCUUCAGAAAGAACAAGAGGAAGUUGUGGCCAUCGCAGUUAUGACUUCAGAGAAGGAAAAUUCCUUUUUAAAAAAUGAGAUUAUACAGCUAAAAAAAGAAAAUUUUGAAUUAGAGGAAAAGCUUAGCAGUGUAAAAUUGAAAGAAAACCGUGUUGAUCGAGCACUUAUAGAAGAAUCUGUCCAUCUUGAAACUAUACGACUGUUAAAAGAAAAAUUAAAGUUUCUUACUUUCGAGCUUAUGAAGGCCCACGGCUACGGUGAAAUGGUUUCAAUGCCUGAAAAUAGUUCUAUAGAAAAAGUUUUAUUGAAAAAUAUGCUUCUGACUUAUUUGACUUCUUCAAAGAAACGUGAAACUUUAGAGUUGCUGUCCAAGUUGUUAGAAUUUGACGAAGAAGACCGAAGAAAAGUUGGUUUAUGCGUUGGUGGAGGUGAGUCUGCGGAGUCCCGUUCCUAUGGGCCCCCACUUUGUUCUAAAGCCUUCAAUUCUCGUAACCUGCAAGCCACUACCAGGAGAGAGGCAAGGAAGGAUUAUUCGACGCUUUCAUAGACUUUCUUUUGGAAACUGGAAACAGAGGCAGAUAGAAUAUUCGUCUUAUAGGGCUUUAAAAAAAAACAGUGCGCUGGAGUGUAGUUCCUGCGCCUUCGUAUAAACUAAAAUAAGCGGCUGA